AUGCUCUGGUCAUCGUCAUCGAUCGAGAUGACAGAAUUCGUCAUUCUUACACUGUUUUCCUUGACCACUGUGAUUGUAAGCUCACUGUUAAGCCUGUAUAUACCAGUCGUCGAGCAGGAUAACACUUUCAUACCUCAAGGCGUUGAUUAUCUCAGGACAGUGAUACUAGCGUCUGGAACCGCUCUAUUGCUAAACUAUCUGUACAGAUUUGUUGAUGUGAUGCUUAUCUAUUGCAAAGUAUGGCUUGAGUUCCUAGCUCUUUUAUUACUUGCGUACCCGCAAAGAACAAACAUUGACUCUUUGGCGCCGAACGCUAGGUGGAACUUGGUUAAACGUCAAGGCUAUCUAUUUGGAGUGUGCUAUCAGGCCAUCUACUUAGCCUUUUACCUCUGGGAUCUAUGGUUUGUGGAGUUGGAUGAGGAGCAGCUCUCAAGGCUUGUGCAGGACGAUAUAGACGAGAACUUACACCAAAAAGUGAUUCAGAAGUCCACACUCUCAAACUGUAUAGAAUUCAGAAGGAAAUCGAGCAGCUUGAAGAAAGUGAUCUACUCUACAGAGUAUCAGCCGCGAGCUGUGCCCAACGAGACGAAUAAUUUGUUGAAAGACGAUAUCAUCAGCUAUCAAUCCGAUGCAAUAGGGUCGAGCUCCAACUCGCGGUACGAGCCGGCACUUGACGAGGACAGCCCUGGUCACACUUGUUCAAUGACUGCGGUUGUCUCCAGAAGCUCCAUACCCGGUGAUUCCAAGGGGGUGGAUCCACGAUGGAUCCUGGAGAACUGUGCGUGGAUCAUCAUCACAACGUUAUACGAGAUCGGAAUCAGUUUAAUCCUCUCCAUUUCAUUCAUCUACGUCCCGGAGAUGGACGAUUCCUUAUUCACGCUGUUGGAGAGAUUCUUCUACAACAAGACGGACAUUUUCUGCGUGUCAGUGGUCAUACCCUUAUUCAUCAUAACCUCGUUGGUGCAGAUACUAUUGCAUCUAUCUACAAAGCCUGGUCAGCGCAGAAGGACGUUUGGCAUCUUUGCGCUCGUGUGCACUGUCAUAUUUGGAUUCUCAAUGGUUGCAACGUGA